ACAUAAUGCUUUUCUAACUCUAUAAGGUUUAAUGUCUUAAUGACUUUAUCUUCAGAGUCUAACGUCUGACAAAUGACGAAAAAAAUUCACAAAAUCUGCAUGGCGGCAGAAAACCAGGCAAGAAACCAAACCUUCAGAUAUAAGAGAUGAGACGAGGAGGGAGGUGAAAUGAGCAAGAGCGCAGCCAGUUACAAAGAUGAAAAGAGAAAAAAAGAUGCUAACUGUGGUGAGCCUAUGAGGAGGCAGAGAGCAAGUGCAGCGAGGAAAGAAACCUAAACGCGAAGUUCUUUGCGGCAAAGGCCCAGUAGAUCAGGACACACCUCAGCAGCUCAUAUGAAAUAACAAAACUCAAGGAAAUAACUUCAGCAGAUAUGAGCAACUGGCAUUAAGCAACUGACUACUGGGAUUGCUUAAAUUUGGGUUGGGAAGUGAACUAAAGGGAAGAAAUUGAGGAACAAGGAGUGAGCUGUGAGGGAGGAAAAUGGUGGCACCUUCAGUGUGAGCUGUGAGCUAGGUGUGAUUUCUACAAACUGCAGUGUGUGUGUGUGAGUGUGUGAGUGUGUGAGUGUGAACUGGUCGGCAGUUUAAUUGCAGGUUUCUGCUGAGCAGAACGUGUGGUUUCAUGAUUGACCUGAUUGCUGCUACUGAUACUGUUAUGGACUCCACUACGCUGCUGUCGUUGGUGGGCGGGGCUUUCCUCCUGUCAAUCAUCCUUGUAACCAGUCUUUGUACAUACUGUUGGGGACAUAAACAACCAACAUCCAUCCAUCAGAGGUCCAGUGACUCAGAAUACCCCCCAGCAUCAGGUUUUGUGGUUCGGCAUCCCGUGUCGACAUAUGCGCCCCAUAUGGACCAUACCAGAAUUAUACCUUACCAACAUUCCAAUUCUCUUGGUUCACCAUCUAUUACUGUCACAAAGGUGCGCUCCUGUCCUCCCUCAGAAACUGGAAGUCAAGCCAGUUAUGUGAAUCAAAACGAGAGUGGUGAUGAGCAGAGUAAUCGGCCUACAAGUGAAUACAUAACUGUUAUUCCCGAUUCCCCGAACACGCAGUCUCUGGGACCCAGCAGAGCUUCAUCCCUGAGCUCAGGAGAAUGCUACAUUAAUGUAGAUAAUAACGAUGUCAGUGCACGGGAAGAAGAGCUAAUCAACCAUGAGAUGUAUUUGGAAGAAUCAGAUUCAGACAUCCCUGAUUAUGAAAAUUUCAAUAAUUCUCCAGGCCAGAGAAAAAAAAGUCUGUCCCGUGGAAGUCAUAGCAGUGAUGACCGGGACAGCUCGGAUUAUGUCAACACAGGCCCUAAUUUACAAUAAUCAAGAAUUUGCCUUUUACCAAAUAAAGAGUUAAUGAGGUCAGAGGCCCAAGCAUCAUCCUGCCUGCCAGAGGAGUUUCCAGAGUUAACUAGGGUUUGAAUUUUGAAGUGCAUCACCAAGAAAGCAUUGAACCAGUGUCACCUCGGAAAACUUCCUCCCUCAAUCCUUUCGACAGAUUUGCUGACGAUACCUGAGAAUGUUUUUAUUAUUAUUAUUAUUUUUUUUUAAAUUAACAGUUGCUGUUUACAAUGUACUGCAUCCUGGCUUUUACUUCUAAAUAUGAGCAGAAAUUUCUUCAACUCCGGCAUGUAAUAUAUAGCUUUUUGUCAUAAAAAUUCAAAAACCUUUUAGCUAUUGGUUUGUAAAUGGGGAAAUAAAAGUUUAACUAAUUCAAA